AAAAAAAGAAAAAAAAAAGGGAUUUUCUACAUAAAAUCAGCUGAUUUUUGGAGAGAAGAACAAAAGCUGAAAAUAAACUAAAAAUAGAUUUUGUCAAGACUCUGCCAUAUUGUUAUACCGUAACCGACUGAGUUUCUUUCUCUAUCUUCUCUCUCUAAAAUUUGUAGACAUCUGUCUGUAUGUAUUGAUUAUGGUGAUCUGGGGUUUAUCCAUAGAGGGGAGGAAAAGGGCGGAAGGGAGUUCAAGUGCAAUUAAUAGUGUUAUUAAAUGGCUUUCUCAAGUACAAUUGUUGAGAAUACAAGCCCUCUAGAGCAAGAAAGCAAGUUUCUUGUUGAAGCUCCAUUCAUGGCGUCAAAUAAAGGCAAUAACACCAUCAACGCACAUGCAGUUUUAGAACAAGAACAAAAUUUUCAGGAAUUUUAUCAUCAGAAUCAGAAUAAUCUGAUUUCUUUUGGAAUGAUGCAAUCAGCUUCAUCAGCAGCCAUGCCUUGCAACUUCAUAAGCAAAGAUAGUGGAGCUUAUGAUUUGGGUGAAGCCCUUUUCCUCUAUCUUGAUAGCCAAGAACAGUCGAGGGCUAAAGAAGAAAGUCGUAAAGAUCUCCCUCCUUCCCUCCCUCUCCCCCUCUUUUCAUUAUCCCGGGACAUGUUGAACCAUUGA